AUGGACACCUUAUUAACUGCCGACGUGGUCGCAAGCUCUCCGCGAUUCCGGAGAAAGUCAAGUACCUUCGUGGAUGCUAUUCACGAUCUUCCAGAAAAGGUGGAGCUGGCACCUGCCCAACUGUACAGCACAGAAUCAGGACGGCUAUUCCACUCAGGUCGUAUUGUCAUCAUCACAGUAGGAUUGCCAGCUAGGGGGAAGACGCAUAUUUCUGUAGCGCUAGCACGCUAUCUGCGCUGGCUUGGAGUCAAGACUCGUAUCUUCCAUUUAGGCGACUAUAGACGUGCUACCAUCGGUCCAGGACAAGAUAUGCCCGAUGAUUAUUUCUUUGUCAACGCAUCUGCGUCAUCAGUGCUUUUACGACAGAAGAUUGUAAAAAAGUGCCGCGACGAUAUUGCACAUUUCCUGAGCGAGGAAAAUGGCCAAAUAGCAAUAUACGAUGCUGUGAACCCCAUAGCCGCAGGGCGCCGCUCCCUCGCCAAAGAGUUUGCGAAACAGAAUAUAGAGACACUCUUCAUAGAAUCCAUGUGCGACGACCCAAAAAUAAUAGAAGAAAAUGUUCGACGUGUCAAGAUAUCCUCGCCCGAUUAUGUAGGAUGGGAUGCCAACGACGCGGUCAAGCACUAUCUCGGCCGUAUAUCAGCAAGAAUUCCUCAUGUUGAGACUAUGGAAGAGAAAGAUCUCAACUACAUUAAGAUGAUCAACGCUGGAGAACGCCUGAUUGUAAAUAACCGCAGCUUUGGUUACCUCUCGAACCGAAUUGUUUUUUACCUUUUAAACCUGCAUAUAAAAUCGAGAGUUACAUAUUUCGCCAGGGCCGGCAUUUCACUCGAUGCCAAUUCCUACAAAGCAGACUCAUCUCUGUCCGAAAGGGGCCAGGAUUACGCGAAGAAAAUGACCGAAACAAUACUUCAACACAGAGCGUCGGAACUACAGGCCAUGAAAGCCCAAGGAGAGUCAGAUGCUGCAUUGAAACCUUUGACGGUGUGGACCUCAACACGGCUUAGAACAGUCGAAACUGCAAAAUGGCUACACGAAAAGGGCUAUGCGGUUCGCCAAAGGUCGCAAUUGAGUCAAUUGAAUCCCGGUGUUUGCGAGAAAAUGACCGAACAGCAGAUCAGACAGGAGUAUCCGGAAGAAGUAGCCAAGCAUGAAAUCGACCCUUAUCAUCAUCGCUAUCCUCGUGCAGAGUCAUAUCACGAUUUGGCUGUGCGGCUGGAACCAAUCAUUCUUGAGUUGGAGCGCGAGCAAAAUGACCUACUCAUUAUAGCUCAUGAGAGUGUGUUGAGGGUCUUGUAUGGGUAUCUGAUGGCUUGUAAUGCUACAGAUAUUCCGUUCCUGUCGUUUCCUCGCAAUGAGAUCAUCGAAGUUAUUCCGGCCAGCUACCAGAACGAAGCUCGAAGGAUACCCAUCCCGAACUUACCAGAGGAGACAAUCUCUCCAUCUCCGGAGGACAUAAAGAUACCCGUACCACCCAGUGGUUAUACAACACCGAAGGUGGGCUUGGGCAGCCCUGUUACAGGUUUUUCGACACCUCAGAGCGGAUUCAGAACACCUCAGGAGCCUGAAAGGCUUACCCAGCAGCAUGUGGAAGACGUUGUAUAG